AGCCAGCCUUCUUACAAUAUUAAAAUCCCUUCUAUAACAAGUCCUUGUUAGAACUUGCACUCAUCAUGGCUAACAUAUUGAGCUUCUUCUUGGUUAUAUAUCUCCUUAAUUUUUCACCAAUAUUAUGUUUAUCUAGCAAGGCCAAUAAUUAUGGUUACUUAUAUCCACAAUUUUACGACCGCUCAUGUCCAAAAGCUAAAGAAAUAGUGAAGUCUGUUGUAGCUAAGGCCGUAGCCACAGAAGGAGGGAUGGCUGCCUCUUUGCUAAGGCUACAUUUCCAUGAUUGCUUUGUCAAGGGUUGUGAUGCAUCGUUGCUUCUGGACAGCAGUGGAACCAUAGUAAGUGAAAAGACAUCAAACGCCAAUAGGAACUCAGCACGUGGAUUUGAAGUAAUUGAUGAGAUUAAAUCUGCACUUGAAAAAGAAUGCCCUAAAACUGUCUCGUGUGCUGAUAUCCUGGCACUUGUUGCAAGGGAUUCUACUGUUUUAGCUGGUGGACCAACCUGGGAGGUUCCAUUGGGAAGAAGAGACUCUAGAGAUGCCAGUUUAAGUGACUCCAACAACAACAUUCCUGCUCCAAACAACACAUUUAACACCAUUCUCACAAAGUUCUUGUCACAAGGGCUUGAUCUUGUUGACCUUAUUACUUUACUUGGGGCACACACAAUUGGAAAUGCAAGAUGCACCAGCUUCAGGCAAAGACUUUACAAUCAAUAUGGAAAUAAUUUACCAGAUUAUACAUUGGACCAAUCAUAUGCUGCACAAUUGCGUACUAGGUGUCCAAGAUCUGGGAGUGACGGAAACUUAUUUUUCUUGGACUAUGUCUCCCCAACAAAAUUUGAUAACAGCUACUUCAAGAACUUGUUGGCGUCAAGGGGCUUGUUGAAUUCAGAUCAAGUACUUGCAACAAUGAAUCCGAUGUCAUUAGCUUUGGUGAACGUGUAUGCAAAUAAUAAUGAGAUUUUCUUCGAGCAGUUCGCGAGGUCUAUAGUGAAAAUGGGAAAUAUCUCACCUUUAACUGCAGAUAGGGGCGAAAUCAGGAAGAACUGCAGGAAGAUAAACUCUUAAAACUGCAGCCUUCAAUAGCAACAUAUUAAUAAUUAGUGUGCCGCUAUUUGAUGUAUUUUUAUGUAUUUCUUUUAACAUAUUUAACAUUAUUCUCAGCUUCUUUGUUUUUUUUUCCUCUUUUUAAUCGUCAGUUUGUAUUCAUCCUCACAUAGCAAGUUCAUCGUGGGUUGUCCUUGUCAUAGUGUGCUAAAUAGUAAGGUCAAACUCAUCGACAAACACAUGUGGUUGUUCACUUCUUUCACUUGAACACCUAAAAUGACCCUCGUUCCAUUUAGACACUUCAGGUGAGCCAUUUCUAUUCCACUUAGACACUUUUUGCACCGUUAUCGGAGCAAAACCAACAUCAGUCGUCUCCUACGUGGAUUAAGUGGCCAAUUAAAUUGUACCAGCUCAUUUAAAUUGUGUCAACUCAAUUAAAUUGUGCCAAGUCAUUUUAAUUGGAAAUUCACUAAUUUGUAAAUUCGUGGAGUUUUGAUCAUUAAAAAUUGAGGCUUUUGGGCUGGUUAGAUGUGCAAUGAGGUGGUGCCCCCUUUGGUGUUGGUUUUGCUCUGAUAACAGUGCAAAAAGUGUCUAAGUGGAAUAGGAAUGACCCACCUGAAGCGUCUAAAUAGAACAAGGGUCACUUUAGGUACUCAAGUGAAAGAAAUGAACGACCACAGGUGUGUGUCGAUGGGUUUGGCCAAAUAGUAAUGAUGGUUUCAUAUACACUCAUCUGAAACACUUACAAAUCUUUCAGUGGCAGAUCCAUCAUUUCAUAUUUCCUUAAUGUGCUAC